CAAUUUCAAACUAAGGCCCCGGAAAGCUCAGGACCCGACUGUCGGUUGGCAUGGAUAAUUUCCGUGGGCUACUUAAUUGGAGGCAAUAUUUGCCUGAGGCAAAAAUGUAGUAGUUGGAGGGAAGAGAGCAAAUGAAUGAGAUGGCCCUGGCCCUCCCCAAUAGACAGAAGUUUAGUUGGGGACUGCUCUCUCUUCCCGGCGAACCUCCAUCUCCGGCGUCACUACCACCUCACCUCUCUGGUUCUCUUCUCCUUCUUUUCUUCCCCGGCCGAAAGCCGACCGCCGGCUGCCGCACGGUGCGGCAAUGUGCGCGGCUGCUGCUGCGCGCUUGCUGACUUUGUUACUGGGGAAAAACUUGGUGGAGCCAAAGAGAACUCUGUUUGGAUUUCAGACAGCUUCAAUCAAUUUCCAAGGAAAAGAGACACUAUAGAAGAUGAAAGUUCAUCCAUUUAAACUCUAAAAGCUCCACCACUUACGUAUUUUAAUUUAUAGGAUCUAUGGCUCCAAUAUAUUUUUGUGGAAUCUAAAUAGUUUGUGUUGGAUGUCUAGACCUCGCCAUGCCUUAUAAAAGUGAGAUUCUCUUUUCCAC